AUGGGUGCUGACCCUUUAUCCCCGAUUGCGCCCGCGCGCAUCAGGGCCCUUCUUCUCCCGGUGGGACACAUUAGACGUUCACGCUUUAUGGUCUAUGUCGACCUCUUCCAACAGCAGUCGCUGGUUAGGCUAGGAGACAUCAGUCCGGAUCCUCGCCCGGACCGUAACAUGUUCUCUCCCUUGGCGUUCCCCGGUGGAACUGUACUCUAUGAUUUGGCAACUGCAAUGCCUCUUGCAACUCACUUAUCAUUGUCUCCAUUUGAGCAAUUCAGGGAGCCGCUGCUCGUCAUUGGCAUUGGCGACUCUUCCGAGUACGCCUGGCUGAAGCCGUCACGUGCAUCCACCGAUGACUCGUCUGAUGACGUUUUUGAACACCCCGACCCUCAAGAUGAGGGCGUUAUUACACUCCAAUCUGCAGUGUCUGACUUGAAAGAGCAAUUCCCACGAGCCUAUUCCCAUAAUCUCAUAAUGUUCGACUCGAUGACUCAAGCACGGCACCCAUGUCUGACCCCAGAAACGAUGUUGAUCCCACCAACAAGCCAGCUCAAGACAACCACCAUGAAGACAGUCAUGUGCGAUUUGACCGCAACUCUACUCGCGGAGAUGACUACGCUUGCCAAAUCUAUUCAAGCGUUGCCAACCGUGAUUUCACCUGCAUCGCAAGGUGGCGCACUUGAAGGUACGCCAAACUGGGCAGCCCCAGAAGGAGCAGGGUUUGCUUUCUCGAGACGCAAUUCGCAAGUACCCUUGACUACGAGGCCAGGAUCUUCGGCAGACGGUACGUCGCGAGACAUGCACCGCAUGUCCAUGCCCGUACUAUCAUUAAAUGCUGGAGGACCUUUGACUAUAGACGACCCAAAGACUGCAUCACAAGAUACCCAAGGCACCCAUACGCCGCCUACAACCUUUGAUGAAAUAUCCGGCGUCAAUGCUGCAACAGGAACCCCUCCCUCGCGAGGUACCUCCAAGGCUCGAUCUUCAAGUAAAGAUGCUGCAGCCGAACGGGUCUCAACUCAUGGCUUUGGUUCUGGCGGAGUAAGUGAACGAGCGCGUAACAAGGGUCGAGGUCGUAUCAGCAUUGUCAUCGGCACCUUGUACCUAUGUGCAGGGCAGUGGCAUGAAGCCAUGCGAGAAUUGAUGGAUGGAGCCACUCGAGCUCGGGCUCUCAGCGACCAUUUGUGGCACGCCAAAGCUCUUGAGAACAUCAUGGUGUGCUUGCUGCUCUUUGCAUGGGCAGGCAUUGAAUUCGAAAUCCCCCAAAUAUGUUGUCCGUCUUUUGACAAGACAGGGAGCAAUAAGUCGCCUACGCAUACGCCAUCUAGCAGUGGACAAGAUGUAGGUGGACCUUCUGGAACAACGGGCUAUGAUGCUUCUCUCGAAGCUCUAAACUCACUAUUGCCCGACUUGGUCAAUAUGAUUCUGAACCUGUACACUCGCGCGGCCAACUUUGCCGGAGAAUCUUUACCUGCUCUUGCUUUCUCCGAAUGCAUCAUACGGUUCUCGAGAUUGCUUGCUGCAAUGAACCUGUCUGCCGGCUAUCUAGACAAGGACGCAUUGCGAUACCUUGUCGAAAAUACCCCUUAUAAGCAGAAGCCGAGACUUUCUGUCCCACGACUUAACGUACAUCCCACAAGAAACGACAUUGCAUCUAUGCUUUUCCGUGCACUACCCGACCCCAUCGACGCUUCUUCAAUGCAUCCCACUGAUCGCGUGGUCGUCCUUGCAGGCAUCGCAUCUGUUCUUUCAUCCCUAGGGUUACAUAGAAAAAAGGCUAUUGUGAUGAAAGAGUUCAUCACUUCCAUGACGCCGGGCUUAAUACAGGCACGAAAAGUAGGCGCCGCAGAGAUGGGUGUACAUCCGGCCGCUGGUCUAGCUGCGCUCAAUGCUGCUAGCGGUGGCAGUCUUGGUACCAGCGCUCUAAAUCUUGGAGACGGAGAUGACCAGAGCGGGAUCCCGGAGUUUCUUGGUCUACUCGGUCGCAUAUAUGGUAUACCAAAUUCUAAGAGUGCCAACUCAGAUCAUGGGCCGUCGAGCUUGGUUGGGAGCACCAAUGGUAAGCCUAGCGAAGCCGCCAUUGAGGCGAUUUUAAAAAUCUCAUCAUUGCGAGCUUUUGGAAGCCUCGCACUGAAAUUAGAGAUUCUCAGAAUCUGCAUAGGCUUUUGCGAAGCUCUUCCAGACUUCGAUGGCCUGCUUCACUUUACAGCUUUACUACUACGUGUGGCUGGCCCAGGUACAGCACCACGCCCCAACAGUACGGAUGUUUUUGUCUCUCUCCCACGCGAUGAACAGGUCAGGCUGUACUCCAACAUAUCUCGAACAGUGACUGCGGUCAAGAAGCUGGGCUUACGGGAUGUCGAGACGGAGUAUUGGGAUGACUUUCUCGUUAGGGGUCUGUUCAUACUCGAGGAACCUGAAAUAAUGCGGCUUACUCACCACCGACCGGCGGAGCUCAAGACGAUCGGACCACAUAAAGAAGGGCCAUUCAUAUACAAUGCAUGGUUAAAGAUGCCACGAUCCAGUGCAACAGACCCCAUUCUGGUUGCUAAUGAAGAGUACCGAUUCUUGAUUGCGCUGCAAAAUCCAUACGACUUUGAAGUUGGUGUUGAAGCGCUGAAGAUUGCAGCAGAAGGGGUCGAAUUCCAUGCCCUCGAAGAGCAUUUUACAUUGGGCCCUUAUAGAACCCAAAAGUUCCAGAUUGGGGGGACAGCUCGCUCUCCUGGAACCAUGUCAAUCAUCGGUUGCCAUGUCAAGCUCGUUGGGUGUCGCGAGCGUCUGUUUCCCAUUUUUUCCGAGCCCUGGAAACCUAAACGCGAGUUAAAGAUGAAGAAAAUCGGGCUGAAAGCAUGUCUCACUGCUCCAAAUUCAAGGCCUUCGUCAACUAUUGCUUCGACAAUGGAACCAGGGAUUGUUUCACAACCAAAACCAGAAACGUUGACAUUCACAGUCAUUCCAGAUCAACCCGUUAUCGAAGUCACUAGCGUGUCUCUACCGCAGUCAGCAGUCAUGAUCCUUGAAGGAGAGCGAAAAAGGUUCAAGAUUACGGUUAAGAACAUAUCCCGCACUACAGUGGUGGACUUCGUUCAUAUUUCUUUCAUCGAUACAGCGACGACAGCGAUUGAGGCAGCUUCAAACAACAAAGAUUUGCCUCCUGCUGAGCUGCACGAACUCGAGCACCAGCUAGCACACUAUCCUUCUUUGAUUUGGUGCAAGCUUCAGGACGACGACUUCCCAAACAUACAGCCAGGGAUGGAGAAGACUUUUACUAUUGAAGUAGUAGGACGAACACGGUUGACCGAUGCAACUAUCCACAUUGACUAUGCGAACCUAGGUAAAAGAAGAUCAGAGGUACAAGAACGAUUCUUCACGCGGCAGGUCGUUGUGCCAAUAAGCAUCACUGUCAAUGCCAGUGUUCAAUUACAGCGUCCUGACAUUGUUGCGCUGUCGAACGACUUUGCCUGGUGGCGUCGUUCCGGAUCUUCGAAUGUGGAUACUCUACAGGACCCACCCGAUGGCUCGUUGGAGGUAGCUGGUAACGCUCUUUCUACGGGUCCUCAGGACAUGCAGUUUGAGGAGCUUGACGAUGAGCGUUGCAUGCUUUUGCUGGACCUUCGAAACUCGUGGCCUAACCCAUUGUCUAUAUCACUACAAGUACUACGUCCAUCUCCCGCUACUGAUGGCCAGGAAGAAGUAUGGGAUAAAGCGAAUGCUGUAAAUGAGAUUAUUCAACCAGGUCACGUCAACAGAGUAGCCGUAGUGCUACCAAAGAUACACUUGAAGGCACCACACGCUGCAAUACCAUCUCUAAAUCCUGCGAACCAGCGACAAUUUGUCGUAAGUACCAGCAAAAUUUCACCCGAGACUGAGCGAGCAAGUCGAGAGGCCUUUUGGUACCGUCAUGCACUCUUGGCGUGCGUACGCGGAUUUUGGCGCGAAGAAGGCAAUGGCCGGCACGGCGAACUGGAGCUUCGUGGUAUACGACUCUCCCCGCGAAUGGUCGAAGCAAUCAAGCUGGAGGAUCUUGCCAUUGAGACGAGUGUCUCGUCUGAUUAUCCUGUCAUGGAAGCUGGCGAAGCAGUUCGUCAGCUCGGUCGCGCCAAGUUUCAAGUUUUUGUUGACGAGUUUCUAACUGUGCGGACAAAAAUUCGCAAUCGCAGCCCUCACCCCAUCUCGCCAAUACUCCGGCUUCAACCGCAUGUAGCAAACUUACCACACAAUAUCGCUCUGGAUCUAGACAAGCGGUUCUCGUGGACAGGUGUACUACAGCGCAAGCUUCCAGUAAUACCACCCAGCCAAACAAUCGAAUCCGAUUUGGGCAUCGUUGCGCUUUGCAGUGGAACCUAUGAGAUUGCUGCUACGGUGGAUGAAGUGGAAUUGAUAAUUGAUGAAAACAAAGAGGAUGGGAUGAGAGCGAGAAGCGAUACGCAGAUGUUGUUACAAGCCGAAAUUUUGGGCAAGCCGAAGUUGCGGAGUUGGCAUUCGAGUGAGCCAUGCACAAUCAUCGCUAGGAGGAAAGAAGCGGUGUGA